AUGAACCGCUUUCCCGAGACGGAUCCUUACGAGGUGCUCGGCCUCUCUCGAGGCUGUAGCGCAUUCGAUAUCCGCAUGGCCUACAAGAAGCUAGCACUCAAAAACCAUCCCGAUAGAGCACCACCAGCGGACAAGGAACAAGCAACGGCUCGCUUCAAGAUCGUCGGAGAAGCCUACGAGCUGUUGUCCGAUGAUCGGAAGCGCCGCGAAUACGAUGCAUUUGGCCCCGGGAGCAGCAAGGGCUUCGGACCUGCGGAAGAUUACCAAGAUGACAUCAGCCGCAAGCACUUUGGCACGAGUCCCGACGGCGUACCUUUCAGCUUUAUGUGGGAAUCCAGUGCUGAUUCGGCCAGGCGUUCUCAAGCAGGACGACGUGCGGGUAGGCCGUUUGGUGCGGACGGAUUCGAUCCAUUCGAACUGUUUAACAUGAUGUUCACCAAGGAGUUCGGUUCGAUGAACGGUGGCGGGAACGUAGGAGGCGGACGAGGCGGAGCCCAAGACCCUUUCGGGAUGAUGAAUGCGGGCCAUCCGAUGGGCAGCGGCAGCUUGUUUGGCGACAAUGAUCCCUUCUUCCAGAAUCAUCGCAGGAUGGCGGACACCGGCGGAUUCGGGUUUGGAAUGCCAUUUGCAGGAUCAAGAGGUCCACCUGGUCCGCCGAUGGGCAUGCAGGCACCAGGUGGGCCCUUUGGCGAAGGGUUCGGCCAUCGCAGCAGCACAAGCAGUAGCAGCAUGUCGAGCACCACCUACGGCGGAUUCUCCGGCACAAGCGAAAGCACGACUACCCGCAUCGUCAACGGACGCAAAGAGACCGUCACACGCAAAGUGGAUCAGAACGGCAACGAGACGAUCCACAUCACGACGCCCGAAGGAAGCACAGUGCACGUCAAUGGAGUACAGCAACAGCACCAUCCGCUGCUUGCGAAUACCACAGCUGCUUCAUCCACGGCUCUGCCCAGCACAGACACGGCAAGGCAGACGAGCCACACCGGAACGGCCGCCGAUCCUAUUGUGAUUGACGCUGAGUCAGAGCCCGCAACGCCCUCGCAUGACAUGGGCGGAUAUGCCUCUGGCCGGUUCAACUUUUAG